UGUCGGAUGAAUAACUAGUGUAACGUAGAAUUAGGAAUGUUUGAAUUUGCAUUAGGUUUUAUAUGAGAUGUGUACUCGGUAGCGACCAAAUGUAAAUAUGAAUGAACAGGUUGUAGCAGCGGGAUCUGAGGAUAUUGACUGGGGAGUCAGUGGAGCUGAAGAGGGGAGGAUUAAGAAGUACAACCCCUUAUCAAAGAAUGUCCACACCAGUCUUCCCAGUCCACUUCCAGAUCCUGUGAAAUGUACUCUGGUAAAAGGAGACUACCUCUACUUCCAUUAUGGCUGUGAUGGACAAGAUGACAGAGGCUGGGGAUGUGGCUACCGCACCAUCGAGACAAUGGCUUCAUGGAUCUGCCAUAACUGCUCUCCACCUAAGUACCAAACCAGACCCCCACCAAGCCUCCCAGAAAUUCAGCAAGCCUUGGUUGCAAUGGGGGACAAGCCAGGCUCCUUCUCGGGUUCCAGAGAGUGGAUAGGAACCUUUGAAGCCUCUCUGGUGCUUGACUAUUUCUAUGAUGUGCCCUGUAAAUUGGUACAUAUUAGAGGUGGAGCAGCAGAGCUUGAGCAUGUUGCAGUGGAAGAGCUCCAUCAGCACUUUGAGAAGCAUGGGUCUCCAGUCAUGAUGGGAGGGGACAGGGACAAUUCAUCUAAGGGGAUAUUAGGGGUGUGCACCGGGGACAAGGGGAGCAACCUGCUGGUCGUUGACCCUCACUACUAUGGAUGUCAGCUGGAGAAGACAGAGUUGCAGAGGCGAGGCUGGGUGGCGUGGAAAAGAGUAUCGUCUCUGGAUCAGACUUCUUUUUAUAAUCGUAUGCCUCAGACUGCCAAAAAAGUGAUAUAAACUAAGUGGCAGACUUAUACCUGUUUAAGACUGACAAAUUAUGGACUAUAGUAAAGAUGACCUUUGUUUUGUACUGUCAGUAUGUAUUUUUAAAAGGAGCUAUACUGCCAUCCUGUGGAUGAAAUUAAUAAUUACAAAUUACUUGAAGAACAAACCAAUAAAACAACCUGAUGAUCAGUCUCUUCACUAUUGUUCAAUUAAAAUUCUGUUGAAUCUAAAAUCUUCUUUGACAUCCCCUUAAUUGUUUCUUUUGUUGCUUCAAAACUAAAUGCUUCAGUUUAUAUUCAUUUGUAUUACAUCACAUUCUUUGUGUGAAGAUGCAAAUGAAGCCAAAUAACAAAAAUUGUGGAUUAGGAUUUUAAGAGAUUGGUAGUGAGAGUGAUUGUAGCAUUAUAUGCUCUAUAUAUCGUGAAUAUUAUUUAUAAGCAAUGUAAUGUAAAAAUGCAAAAGAUUCUCUGGUUCCAGCUUCUCAAAUGUGAAGAUUUAAAGUAUUUAUUUUCCUUAUGUAAUGGUAAACUGAAUAUCGUUCUCAUUUUUCAAUUAUUAUUUUCAUAUGCAUGCAUCACCUUUGGUUUCUGGGACAUUGUGAUGGACAUUUGUUUUACUCCCUGACUUUUACAGACCAAUUUAUGAUGAAAAUAAUCUGCAGAUUUAUCAAUA